CAGCAGGACCCGGGCUGGCAGCGAGACCUUGCUGAUGCUCUGGCUGAAGAGGAGGAGACAAAGGCCAACAUCUGUUGAGCGGCUUUCUGAACAUCAGCUUCAUUCUUCUCUUCUUUCAGUUGUAGCUGCGUCAGAUCAUUUACGGCAGGUGACAAGCACAAGGAGACAGAAACACACAGGCAGAGAGGGAGGAAAAGAGACCUCUUGUUGAAUAGCCCUGAGAAUUCAAGCACGUCUUUCCAAGAACGUCAGACUUGGUGGUUAUCGGGAUUUUUAAGGAUAGCAUUCCUUGGUACCGCCAGCAUCUCCAGCCCUUCGGCUUGCAGCAGGGAGGACCGUUCCCACGAGGAUGGAGUUGUGUGGUACAGCACCAAGCAGCGUGCGUGCUGUCUUCAUGGUUCUGCAGCUGGGUCUGACCCAUAUUAUGGCUCAUCAACAACAGAUUGGGGUUGAGGGAAAGGAGGUGAUCCUGAACUGUAAAAGGCAAGACAAAGAUGUGACCUGGAAGUACAAGUAUGGUGCAGUAUCUUCUACUACUAUUAUACAGCUCUCAACAGGGAAGAUAUUUAAAGGCAGAGCUCCAAUGUCAGAUCGAUCUGAAAUAAACCAGAACAGUAAACAUCUGAAGGUGUCAAACUUGAGGAUCUCUGAUGCCGGCACCUACAUCUGUGAAGGUGGCUCUGACAGUAACAGCAUCUCACUACAUGUCGUUAAAUUGACGAUCUCUUCAAACGGGCACUUCCUGCCAGAUGAUGACCUCGAGCUGACUUUAAUGCACAACGCACACAAUUCUCAACCCCGUUUUAGCAUCACAUUGUUUAACAGUCACAACAGCAUAGUGACACCAGACAUCUUGCAAAAUGAGGCCCCUCGAAAAUACGUACUGAAGCUAAAGCAACUGAAGACUACGGACAGCGGGACCUGGAUGUGUCACAUCCAUUCAGACUCUCCAUCGAUUAGUCAGAACAUCUCCUUUAAUGUGAAGGUAUUAGGAUUUGAGAAUACACACUUGGAAAGAAUGUAUGCAGCUGUUGACAGCACCAUGACCUUGUCAUGGCAUCUGAACUUCCAGAAGAUAGGGUGGAAAGAAUUUUUCACAGGACAACUGAAUUGGAAACAGGGAAAUGCAAUCACUCACGAGCUACUUGAUUUCAACGCCACAGCAGAUGGAGAGCUGCGUGACACUAAAAAAAGUAGCCAGGUUUUGUUUGAUAUACCUGAAAUGAAACGUGACAGUACCGUAAAAGUGAAGCUCCCCAAAAUCAAGCUGAGGCACUCUGGAGAGUACAAGUGCCAGCUGCUGUACAACAGAAGAUACAUACAAAGCAAGACAGAGCUGGUGGUGAUGCAAGUGUCUGCUAACCCUCCUGGGCCACUCCCUAAAGGGGCUGAGAUGACACUGCUCUGCCAGGUGUCCAGUCCCGUCCCAUCUAAUGUCCACUUACUCUGGGAACGUGUUAAUGGGACUCAGAUGGACAUCAAGAAGUCGAAACAGAGUGAAACAGAGGUGGAGGUGAAGGUCACUGCUGCAGGGAUGUGGAAUUGUCACCUGAUGGAAGACAAUAACAUGAAACUCAGCCUUAAUUACACCGUGGAAGAAGCUCCUGUUCGGUUUAGCUAUACAAUAAUUGGAGUGAUUACUGGAGCUGGUGUGUUGAUGUUUGUCCUUGUAUGCCUGGGCAUGAUGGCUGGUAUGAGCUGGCAGCGGAGAAGGCAACGGGCAAAAAGGAUGGCACGAGCCAGACAAUACUUGCUGGAAAAGAAGACAUGCCAAUGUCAACACCGGAUGAAUAAGUAGUACUGCAGGCUGACGACGUCUCUGACUGUCUCUAAACACCUGCCAGCCCACAGUACUCUGUGAAUCCACCUCCCUUUCUCUCGUUUUGAUAUCAUUCUUUAUGCCUUCAUUAUUCUCCCCAUAUAAUGCCAAGGGGGGAAGUCGUCUGAUGAGGAGCCAAUGCACAAGACAAGAAACCAUUAAGGGUCAAGACUGAGCUCGAUAAGGAGGGACACGGAAUAGAAGGGUAUAUAUAUACAUGUGCUUGUAUUUUGCUCAUGCACUUAAUUUGUUCAUCUUGUGGAACUGACUUUAUAUGCUUCUUUUAUCCACUUGAGUUACAAUAAAUCACUUCAGGAUUG